AUUUUGCUGUGAACAAGAUGUUACGCUGAGACAACGAUAACCAAAAUGUUUAAGUUGGAGUCAUAUGUCACCCCACUACUUCUCAGCUAUGUUGACAAGUACAUCAAAAACCUCAAACCUGAAGAUCUACAGCUUUCAGUGUGGGAGGGCGACCUGGUUCUCAACAACCUCGACCUUAAGCUGGAAGUGCUGGAACAGGAGCUUAGACUGCCGUUCACCUUCCUCAGUGGCCACAUUCACGAGCUGCGCAUCCACGUGCCAUGGACAAAGCUUGGCUCUGAGCCAGUCGUCGUGUCCAUCAACACUAUAGAAUGCAUUCUCAAGCUUGCCGAUCCAGACGAACCUGGCAGCGACUCCGACAGCGUGAAGUCGUCCGGCUCGCAGCAGAAUCUGACGGAGUACAAGCGGCGCAACCUGCGUGCGGCGGGCUCGCAGGAGGCCGCGCCGGGUUACGUGCAGGGCAUGAUCGGCCGCAUCACGAACAACGUCAGCAUCGUCGUCACCAACCUCAUCCUCAAGUACGUCGAGGACGACAUCGUGCUCUCGCUCAACAUCAAGUCGGCGGAGAGCUGCGCGGCGAACGCCGACUGGGCGCGUGAUUUCAUCGACGUCGCCGGCGAGCCGCCGUGCCUGCGCCGCCUGGUGACGAUGUCGGACCUGACGCUGUGCCUCGACCGGCGCAACGCGAGCGGCAAGAUCGAGGCGUACGAGGAUCCGCUCAUCUACAAGUGCUCGCUGACGUGCCGCAUGCUGAUGCAGUACGACGGCGACUACGCGCGCGCGCCCGUCGUCACCGCGGUGAAUCUACACUGCGACGAGCUGCAGUUCUCCGUCUCGGACGCGCAGCUGCCGAUGUUGAUUCGCCUGACGCAGCUCGUCGUCGCGAUGUACUACGGGCUGCUUCCCGCCCAGCUGAGGAAGCGCGAGAUCGAGAAGGAACUCGCCGAGAAGAAGCACGAGCAUCCUCCGCAGUUGCAAGAAUUAGAGGAGCAGCUGGCAACAAAGGACCAGGGCUGGGCCGGUUGGGUGUACUCGUACGUCCCUGCUAUACUCCCAACAGAUGACGAUGACAACGGUAGCCAGCCGGACACGAGUCAUAGGUUCUCUCCGGCUACUUUUAUAUUUGGAGCCUACGUUGCCAGGGCGACCAUACUCUUUAAGCUGACCGAGAUCGUGGAAAGUGGUGCCCUCUUCGGGACGCCAAAAACGUUCUUCCGGCCAUUUCUGUUCAUGGAGCUAGAAGCUGGAUGUGUAGAAAUGGUCAUCAAGGGCUUAGAAUUCACCAACUUGCAAAUAGGCAUCACGAGCGGACGUCUGUUGUCGAAGGGUGAGUGUAGCUGCGGCGACAGGUCCUUUGUGGACACUGACAACAUGGUGCUUGAUCCGUGCUUCCUGAAGGUUGCCGAGCAACACACUAGCGAUAAGGAUUACAACUAUCUCUUGCGGUCGCUCUUCGACGUCGCCGGGCGCAUCACGCGCGAGCUUCCCGUGACGCACGAGCGCCACCUGGAAGAAUUCACCGAGCAGUUGGCCGUCGAGCGAUUCGGCGCGUUCUGGCUGGACUACUGCUACGGAAUGCGAUUGCCCGACGAAGACAUCGAGAUAGAUCUCGGCGACCUCGAGCACAGCAACCUGCAGGAGCUGUCCAGCCUGCGCGUUCUCUUCGGACCGACGAGCGCCGUCGUGUCGAGCGACGCCGUGCACCGCGUCCAGCGCCUCCUGGCGGCCGCUGCGAGCCACGAUUACGAACCCUACGUCGACGCCGCACCCGAGGAGGCGCCGCCGCCGGCGAGGGAGGGUGCGGAGGCGGGCGAGGUGGCGGCGCUGCUCACGUUCACGCCGCUGCAGAACGCGAACCUCACCGUGCUGCGGACGACGCGCGAGAGGCCGAUGUACGCGAGGAGGGUCGUCGCCGUGGUCAGCGCGAUGGCGCCACCGUCUCCCGACCUGCUCCACCAUUGCAACUUGCACCUGCAGUACAAUCUGUUCGAGUUUCAGGCCAGUCUCACGGAGUUCGACCCGGCGCGCCCCGUCAAGUCUUCCUGCGUCGUCGUGCCGAAGAGCAGUGGCGCCAUCUACACGAAGAGACUACUGCUGCCGAUGUACUUUUCGUCGCCGGCGCAGCCGCUCACGGAGUCUCAGCUCGAAGCUUCAUGUUUGAGGCUUCAGCUGUCUGUUCCACAGCUCGUGUUGCUACGGCAACUGACGCUGUCGUGGCAACAGCGUGCGCCGGACAUUGAUAUGUGGAGCAAGGACUCGUUGUUGGCUGAUGCCAUGUCGCGUGAUUGGCCGCAGCUGCACACUGCCCUGGUGGGGAUCGCGGGUAGGCAUACUGCUACCUCGCAGCUGCAGUGUUACGGAGUCACUGUUAGUCAGGCUGCUGUGCUGCUCAUGUUGAAUGACCAGGAAACAACUGUAAACUCGGUGCCAGUCUUAGAGAGUCCAGCCAACACAAAACAGGCACACAGCUCUGUUUGGAUAACAGACAAACCAUUAACUUCUGAUGCUGAUGAUGCUGCAGUAGAAGAGCUGAACUGGGACCCUACAGAAGACUGCUUAUCUGCUGUCGUACAAGCUCCUUUAGAUUGGAGUUGUGAUGCUGUUGCAGUGCUAGAAUUCAAGCUGGCAGGGGUAGUUGCCUGCAUUGACCCACUACUGUUCAGCAGCUUGGGUUAUCAACCCCGCGCUGUGCCGGUUUUACCAGUGACAGUGCAGUCUCCAAGACAGCAAUCUGCAGAUGAGAAGAGUGACACGGCCAAAAGCACGGGACGAGGAUCAAAGUGUAGUAGCUCCGCAGAUGUGUCGUGGAUGGAGGAGUGCACCGAACAGACUGAGUCAAAGGCAACCACAGAGCCACCAGAGCAGGUCACGCCUGACACUCCACGUGAUAUGUGGUUGCGACAAAAGUUGGAGCUGCUCUAUCCUCACCUGAGAUGUGCCGUGGUGCAGAUUGAUGUGAGGUCUGUGACCAUUCUUCUGCCCACUACAUCCCUGCCAGCAUCACCCACACCCCUGUCACCCCAGUCUGACACUGCUGGCAGUAUUAGGGUGCACCUUAGACAAAUGUACCAGAGUGAGACUCUACCUGAGUCACUGGUGUUAGUUUGUCCUGAGGUCUCUGUACACAGCAGUGGAGAUCCAAUCAGCACAGAGGAAUUACCUGUUUUCAUACCUAGCUCACGUGGUGCCAGCUUACAUCUACCAUGGAAGGCAAGCAUAUGCAAUGCCAGUGCUUAUUCCUUACACCGAGGACGGGCACCUCUGCAGCUGUUGCAGCGACUAAGUCUGUCAUCAACUAUUGCCGUGGCAGCAAAGCAUAUGAGUGAGAAGAAGAGCAAUGAGUCGGAGCUAAAGUCUAUGGGUCUGGUCAUUCACACAGAUGUGGAUCAUUGUGUGCUCAGCUGCUCAGAGCCACAGGUCAUGCUAGUACACAGGCUGUCCACACAGAUUGUGUCCGGGUUGAGCCAUAUCUCUGAAGCCGUGAAAGUAUCUACUAUGCCGAGAGCAAAUGUGCAGGCUAACACGACAUUACCUGUACCUGCAGCAGUGUCGUCACCAAGCCAAACAACCGCGACAUCAAGAACGUUGAAACGAGACACGCUUGACUAUAGGGUGAGGCAUUGUUGCAGUCGUGUAGCGGGCCAGCAUCCUCCUGUGAUAGACACACCGGUGCCGAGGCGGCUCGCCAUUUCAUUGUGGAUGCAGUGGACUGUCGCAAAGAUUGCUGCUAACCUCUAUGGCAAUCUCCAUGACGACACUGAGUUCUGUGUUUCUGGAACGCUUGAAGACGUCACGUCCUCGAUAGAUCUGCAAGAGAUUUAUCAGAAAGCCAAGCUAAGGAUUGCCACAAUGGAUGUCAGCCAUUACCAAAAGAGGAGAGGAGAGACUAGCUGGUCACCUGGAGCUUACGAAGGUGUCGGGCCGUAUUCCCCGCUGUUCGCCCUCGCCGCACGGGUCCGAGGCAAGUCAUGCGGCUUUCCUUCGCUGACGUUCAGCGCGCGCAGAGUAAGAGCGUGCAGCGCCGCUUGGGCGCGGCGCCGCCACCACCGCCACCGCCUCCCUCCCGCCCGCCCCCCGCCGCGCGAGCGCUGUCACCGCCGACGACCGCUCGGGCGGGCACGCUGCGUCGGCCGCACGUCUGGCGAGCUCGACGUCACGCUGCGCCCGCUUCCCGACCCCCGUCGUCCGAUCCCCUCGGCGCGCCGGCCCCGGUCGUCCCCGCGCGAGCGCCCACCGCUCCGACAUCGUGUGGCGCCCGCGCCGUGGCCCGUGCCGCUUGCUUGCGCUACGCGCCGCCCCCGACGCGUGCCGCCCCCAUCCCCGGCACGCAGAACCACCCAGGCGAAGCAGUCCGCGAGCCAGGUGGACACGACCGAAAGUGGCGGCGUGUCCCGUCGAUCUUCGGCGUGCGCGCGGGAACGCGGCGGCCAAGGUCGCGGCCAAGGUCGCGGCGGGUCGGGGAGCGACGAAGCUGGCUGGCACGUGACCAGCGGCCGUCUGCCGCUGCUGUACCUCAAGGCGAACACCUUGCGCGUGUUCCUGCCCUCCUUGCACGCGCCCAGGGUCGCCGGGAGAGAUCCUCGUGGACGUGUGACGAGCGAUGCGCCCUGCAGGGAGCAGCUGCUGUCGCUCAGCACCUGCAGCGACAUGUGCGUGAUGGAGAUAGACACGGUGUCGCUGUCACCGCAGGCUGACAACCCUCUGCAGCGGCUGCUGGUUCGGAAGGACUUGUUCCAGAAGGCAGAGCGAGCGCGCAUUACACAUAUUCCAGGCUCGGAUAUAGAAGACAGGCAGUAUCAGCUGGAUAUCUGUGGGCUCGGCAUCAGCACAGGCCUCUGGGAGAGUGUAGUACUGCAGGAUGAACAUGCAAAUGAUAGCAGAGGGCAGAACCCAGCUCUGGAGUGGAAUCAGGGAUUUGCGCUCAAUGAAUCGGUAAAAAAAGUGAUCAGGCAUCUUCCCUUGGUCUCAAAGUUUGAUCUACGAUUGGUGGCGGCACCUUCCAUAGUGUACAGUAACUAUUCAUCUGAUAAGAGCUUAUCUUCAGAGCCCGUCCUUGUAUGCGGUCAUUCUGUGGAAGUUAACAUAACCAGUGAUCUGGACUUUUACAUAAACAGCCACCAGGUUGAGUUCGUGCAUGGCUUUGUCACUGAGAAUCUUGAGGAGGUAGCUAGGCUUUGCAAGCAGAGCUUCAGCGGCUUGGCUGAGCCCAAUACAGCCCCUAGUGGAGCAGGUGUCGAUGGUAGAGCGUUCGCCAACGUAAACGACAGCGGAGUUGAGAGCUUGGUGUCGAGUCGGCAGGACAGUGGCCGGGAGACGCUUAGCCACGAGCCGUUGCUCAGCGACCGCGAAUCGGUCCGCACGCUACCGGAAACGAUGGCUGAGGAAGAAGCGCCACCUACUGGCAGCGAGGCGUUCGUCUCGUUCGACCUACUGUUGACAGCCGGUCGCAUAUCAGUGGCGGCGUACUCCGUAGCGGAGAGCGAACCGGAGCGCCAAGCCGGUUCUGUUGAGGAACACGCUCGGGGCACGGCUACAGAGCGGCGCAGGAGACCCACGGGGACCACCGACCCUGUUCGCGUAGAUCUGCCGAUCCUAAUCGCUGCAGAGGCGCCGGGCAGCGUAGCCGUGCCGGCGGGGGGCUGGACGCAGAGCGCGCCAGCUGGCACAUACGCGCACGGAUCGAUAUCAACUGCCUCGCUGAUCGGCGAGGACUUGUUCGAGCAUGCCAGUGAGUUAGUCGCCGAGGGGUUGCCAUUGGCGACGGGCGUCGUGACGACAGAUGCACCCUCGGCAGACGUAGACGAUGUGAUGUGGGAGGAGUGCCGUAGCGCGGCGCAGCAACAGCCCCAUGGCUCAUUGCUGCACAGCUCGUCUGACGAAAUGGAGGAAGCUAGCCGGUGUGGUCGGGCACCGGCGUGCAAAGUGCACCCGUUCCUGUACGUGCUGUUUUCCCAGCCCCACACCUAUGUCCUGUGCAAACCCAACAAACAGAAGAUUGAGGCUUCUUGCUACAAUGUGGUGGUGAGAGGUGGUCAGAGCCCAGUUGAUAUAUAUGAUGUUGGAGAGAAGCUGGUGCCCUGCAUGCAUGACUAUCCUCUACAUUGGUUGGAUACGAAGCCUGGCAGAGCAGAUCCCAAGACGGGUUGCUUGCCUAACUUGUAUACUAUCACUGCUGUCGACUUCCUGAGUGGUCUAGCGAGUGUGAGAAUAAGAUUGGAGUGCCCUCUGACAAUCAACUUGAGCCUUGCGAAGCUAAAAGAAGUGAUCGAAUACUACCAGACUCUAGACAACUUUUUAAAGCUAUCAGCUGACACAGGUGACCAUCACAUCAAACCUGCGAAAACCAACAUUCAAGUUCCCACUCUUCUAAAAUAUGUGACUAGUGUUCACCUCAACACCAAUGAGAUUUCUGUCGUCAUGGAGACAAUGCCGUGGUGCGCUUCGCGUCCCCAGCUAAUUGUGUCUGUGCUCGGGAGUGAUGCUAAGUUGAAUCUCAGUCUCUGUCAUCAAGGCACUCCCGAUGAAAUUCUGAUCUCUGGGCAUGUGGAUGGUCUGAUGUUAAAGACGGCAUAUUUCGACUGUUGCCGCCAAUUUGUGGGUCCUGUAACACUGGAUGCCAGCAUUGGUGUGCUGUGGGUGGGAGAUGCAGGGGGAGCUCACUCCAUCCCACUAGUCACUCUAUUCAUAGAGACUGAGAUGGUACCUCUGACCAUGGGUCAGGAAAAUGUACUUUGCAUUGAACUUCUACUGACUCAUGUGCAUCAAUUCCUAAAGGAAUACUCCAGUGUGGGUCCUGCUGCCAGCAAUGAUAAGAUGCCAAAAAGUAAAAAGCAGUGUCAGGGAUGUGUACAGGGAUUAGAUGAUCUAAGGACUGGCAGCUUUGAGUAUGUGUAUGACACAGACUGUUUAGGGAAGGAGCCAGCAACGUGGGAAAUAGUGUUUUGCCCUGAUAAAAGUACGAUGACCUGGCGGUAUCCUGAGCCAAGGUCGCUCACCAAGGUCACCAUUGAUCCCGUGCCCAUCAGAAGUACACUGAAAAGCGAUGUUGUAUCUGAACAACAUCCAAUGGUCCCAUGUGUCUUGCAAUAUUGGGACCCACUGCGUCGCAUAUUUCUGGAUGCCAAGGACUUCACGCUGUCUGAGAGUGCCUCUUAUAGUCUGAACCUGCCAAAAGAUUCACUCGAAAUGCCUGCCUCGAAUGUGUGGAGAGUGCUUAUCAUCGGCCACCAGCAACAGCAGCAGCAGCUGUAUGGGCCUGCCAUGGAGGUUGCGCCACCAUUUUCCCCAACUGUGCUAGCUGCUUGCAUGCACAUCGACUCCUGCUUCAACCCGGCACUGAUGGCAACCGUGCUGGCAUGUGUCAGCGUCAGCCUGCUGCAGUUCCGCCUGUGUCAGCAUCCACAGCACCUUGGAAAAAGCCUUCCUGACAAGUUGCGCUCGUUUAGCCUUGAUGAACAUGAAUCAACAGAGCAGGAGAUUUUGGUUGUCUCGAUGGAAUCUCCGACAUCAUAUUACAAGCGGUGGCGAGAUCGUGGCCAACUGGAAUGUGCAGCCAGCAUCAGCUGUGAUGUCGUCGAGUAUAGGAACCUGACCAUGAUGCCGCUGCUGGAGACAUGCCUCUUCCAGCUGCAGCUCGAGGAUGACCAUGGACAUUUCAACUGCUCCCUGGAGAUGGAGCCACUAGUCUUGAGGCUCGGGCAGAGUGGUGUGCACACGCUUCACUCUGCUCUGCUAGCCUGGAGGCAGAUGCACAACCUUGAUGGGGAUCAGGUCAUAAUGGGCAGCUAUGUCAUCUGCAAUGACACGGAUGAGGCUCUGCUAAUUGGCCAGAUCGGCACGGGAGAAAGCCUGAUAGUACUGAGCGGUGAGAUGUAUGCCUAUAGCUGGAGAACGCAUAAGCACAAACAGGAGCUGAAGUUGAGUGUGGAGGGCAUGGGAGGAGAGUGGAGCCCUGCCAUCAACAUUGAUCAGCCAGGAAGCCACGUUGCCUGCAUCACGCACGAUGGAAUCAAAAAGACCCUUGUCGUCAAGAUCAAGCAACUAACGAACUUUCAGAAGCAGAUUGUAGUGAGUGGGUUGCUGCUGCUCUCUAGCCGUCUCUCUCAUCGUGUGGAGGUGCAGCUGAUCGUGCGCAGAGAUGAGGGCGUGCCAAUGACAUUCUGUUAUCUGAUGCUAGGCUGCAGUGACACCGUACCUUCUUGUAUAGUAGAGGAGGAUGACCGAGUUUCAUUGAGAGUCAGAUUGUUGGACUUCAAUACAUCCCAAGAGCAGUUGCACCUGGUGCAGCAUUCUGGUCUGGGGCAUUCUCACUUGCCCAGAGAGGGCUUCGAUACACCAUGGUCCCAGGAGUUACACCACGUGACAGAAGAGCCAGAGUUAUUAAAGGUUCCACUAGAGGAGAAGGGGAACUUUGUUCACAUCUGGUGUCAGCGGUUUUGCCAGAGUUUCGGAGCCACUACACAGAGACUGCUUUUGCUCACUCCACUAUUUGUUGUGCGCACCCACCUACCCCAACCCCUCAUCAUGAACGUGCACACUCAGAGGAUGCAUGCCACCCAGCAUGUACAGGUCGAAGGUCAAGGCCAGGAGCAUCAACUGUGGCCUCCGUGUGGGGAGCUCGCACACAGCCUCACGUUUCAGCUGGGGAAAAACCUGAAGCCGUCCAGCCCCUCAUUGCCUCUCUCAGUGGGCAUGGUGGAGCAACUGCCAAAACAGCCAGUCAGUCAGGUGGAUAUUGACCAGCUCUGCCAUGGCUGGCAAUCAGACCAUGAGCUACUCUGGCCAUACAAUUCUGAGGACAUGGAAAGAGAUCUGAAGAUGUUUGCAGAGUUCAAUAAGUGCAGACCACAUCUGAAGUCAGCGGGGCACUGUGAGAUCACAGACCAGCCGGACGUUGAGCUACAGGUGGACAUGGCGCAGCUGUGGCCAGCAUGUAACACCCUUCUUGUGGACGUGAAACCAUGGUGCCUACUGGUCAAUGACACCGACUGGACUCUUGUCGUUUCGAGUGGGAAUACAACUGAAUGGACAGUAGCCAGUGGGCAGUCUAUGGCACCAUCUGUAAUUGAGGGCACAUUCAAGCUCGGUUUAUCGCUUUCUGGAGAGAUAUGCUCGUACUCUGAGCCUAUUCAGCUGUCUGAUGAAGAAGAUCAGUCUAUGCGAUACUACCCUGCAAUCAAGGGAAUUCUGUGUCGACAUGGUUACACGCACACAACAAUCCUGCUAGAACAGGACAACACUAAACAGAUAUGUUACCUGACUCUGCAAUCCGUUAUAAAGCAUGGCAUUAGAGUUGUCACGCUCACGUCUAGUGUUGCUAUUGUUAACAACACCGAUUCACUGCUACAUGUGAAGGCGUUCUCUGUGCCGCACACACAAACCAAGGUGAACGUUCUGGACUGCUGCAGUCGAACCGUGUGCCUUCCACCCAAUGACGGCUCACACGAGACCGCCUCCACACACCAUCUCUGCAUGUGGGACAUCCCGCCACCGCCGCAAACCGUCGCAGAAUACGUGUCCUACCUGACCUUCAGCCAUGCGGGCCACGCAUCACGGCCGAUGGCUGAACAGUACGCGUGGAGCCAUCUGGUGAGGUUGAAACGCGACAUGGACGGCCGUCACGUCAUCGCCGUGCCUUCCAUAGAUGGACGCUCUGCGCAUUCUCCGGAGGUGGCAGACACGGUCGAGACGGCAGAGUGCAAUGCAGGCGUAACGGCGGGCACGGCAAGGGCAGCAGUGGCCGAGGUGGCGACGGCAGCUGCUGCUAAUACAACAGCAGGCGUGGCCACGGUGGCUGCGCGUUUGCCCGGAGUCGCAGCGGGAGUGGCUGGGGUGGCGAAGCUAUCAUGUACCGAGUGCUACUCUCUUACCGCGCAGCACCACAGGGGCGUGCUGUAUGUCAUCGUAGAGCGGGAACCUGCGCCGCAGCUGCUCCUACACAACAACUGCGCGGUGGUUCUCUACUAUGGCCAGGGCGUCAGUCAGCCGACGGAAGGGGUGACAGUGCAGGAGGAGGCAGAACUAGUGACGCAACUUCCCCGCCUCCUCCCUCACAGCCGGGCACACUACACGUUUCCCUCCACGUCGGCACAUUUUCCUGAUGUUGGAGCCUGCAGUAAAGCGAGGCUUCAUCUAGGUCAGACACAUGAGAGAAGCAUCUCGUGGAGCUCAGGUGUAAGCGUGACAGACGAGCAUGAUCAGCUAGUCAUCAUUCCGGAUUGCAGCGAUGUAAAGGUUCACUUGGAAAGGUCGGGCUAUACCAUGCACCUCUUCAUCGAUCCUGUGACACCAGCAGAGUUCUCUGCGAAGGAGAUCAGGAGUAGGAUCACUGCUAGUAGAGGAAUAGUGGAUGAGCAGACUGGUGAGGGGAGCCGGCGAGGUCAGGAUACUGAUGCUGUGUCGGGUGCGCGAGGCAACGAUGGUUUAGGGAUCACUGCAGCACCUGCUGUUAACGUGGAAGGAAGGCUGAGCACGGAACAGUCGCAGAAUGGCAGAGACCUCCUGCCAGAGUUACGUGGGCAAGGCACUGUUUACUCACAGCUGAAGCUUGGGGAAAGUGCUGCCCAGGAACGCAGGGCGGAGACAGAGGACAGUAACCAGGUGUCAUCGUCGCCGGGCGCCGCGGUUCGCAGGGCGGAGACAGGGGGCGCCACGUUGACGCGGAUCUGCGACGUGGACGUGUCCGUGUUCUUGCAGCACUGCUGCGUCGUGCUGCUGGACGACCUCGGCUUCUCGACCCACAGCCGCGACGUCGUCCGCGUCAGCGCCGACAACCAGCAACACCUGAACGUGCUGCUCUGCGUCGGCGACGUGCAGAUCGACAACCAGAUGUUCGGGCAGGGCAACUACGACUUUGGCGUCGUGCUGGCGUCGCAGGCGGGCGUGCGUGAGCACGGCGGCGGCGAGGGGCUGAAGCCCGUCGCGCUCUUCCUCGAGGACACCUUCCUCUUCGACGUCGCGCGUCUCGUCGACGGCUUCAUCCCGACGCGGCUGUCGUGGCGGCGGCGCCGCCCGCGACCCCGCGACCUCCCGUCGGUCGUGUGGCGCGAGUCGGCAGGCGCGCGGCGGCCCGUGCGCCUGCAGGGGCUCACCGUCGGGCCGCUGUCGCUGCUGGUGAGCGCGCACGCCUCGCUGAAGCUGUUUCUCGCGUCGGACAGCACGCCGCUGUCGUUCGGCGCGUUCGAGCGACGCGACCUCUGCACGACCCCGUGGUGUCUGGCGAACGCGCUCCUGAGGCACUACGCUGCGGGCGCCGCGCUGCGAGCAGGCUGGGUGGUUGGGUCACUCGACCUUCUCGGCAGCCCAACCAGCAUGCUACGUGAGGUCACAUCCGGCAUGGCCGACCUUUUCCGCAUGCCAUACGAGGGAGCCACCCACGGCCCUGGAUCAUUUAUCGCUGGCAUGUCGAGAGGUGCUGCCUCACUGCUGAGACACACAUCCGCAGGUGCAAUCACGUCGGUGACUAACUUUGCACUGAGUGUGUCACGAAAUAUGGACAAACUGUCGUUGGACAAUGAUCAUGCUAUGAGACAGGAAGAGAUCAGAAGACACAAGCCAGACAGACUGACCACUGGUCUCAGGCAGGGGCUGACUGGACUGGGAAUUAGCCUGUUGGGUGCAGUUGCUGGCAUCAUUGAUCAACCAAUUCAGGUGAUGACUCGAGCUAUCCCUGACAGUGCUGCUGUUACGCCAUCACGUGCAGCAACAGGCGCAGCCAUUGUCACGGGCGUCGGUAAAGGACUGGUUGGUGUCGUAACAAAGCCAUUAGGUGGGGCAGCCGAGCUGGUAUCACAGGCCGGACUAGGCCUGCUUCAUGGUGCUGGCUGGUCGCGUUUGCCGAGUCUUCGCUACAGCAGUGCCAUUUAUCCAGUAUCUGAGUUCACGAAUGCUCAUAUCAAGUAUCAGUGUAAAGUGCUGCAGAGUAGUGAUCUACUAAUACCACUGUGUAGAAGGGACGUCAUCUGCUGCGUUGAAGCCAGCCCAAUCCUGCAGUCUGCCCUGAGUCCAUCUAGCUUUCUUGUUCUCACUCCUGAGGCUUUGUUCGUGAUCAGUGAAGCAGAGGAUAGUCAGCAACAAGCAUUUCAAAUAUCCGAAGUCGACUGUGAGGGCGCAACCAGUGAUGCUAGCCUGUUAUACAUCAUUCCACAGUGGCAACUAGAACCUCUCACGAAGCCUGCAGCACAGACGAAGGAUAGAGUCGCAGAAUUUGUCGAUAGGACGUCUGCACUGGUAACUUGCUAUGAGGGUGACCGAUCAAGCACCUCCUCACCAUCCCUCAGCAGUCAAGGUCACGAAGCUGCCUCCACCAGGGGGAGCCAUGCGAUGCAGGGAGUGCGAUAUACGUUCAGCAUGGACUCCCGGCUGAGAGAAAUGUUCUUGUCCUCGUUUGCCUACACGCAGGCGUCAGCGGAGUAUAUGCUGCGAUAAAGUGGAAGUCUAUCGUUCGGCUAUAAACGGAACAACGAUUUGUUGCUGCUCUUAUCGAAAUGCAGUAAGCCGCUUAUGAUUAUCUCUAAAUUAUGAUUUAUUCACCGUGUGCCACUCUGCAGCAUAAACCUGACAGUCAGGUAUUGUUAGUCUGUGAACGGAUAUAAGGAAACUAGGUUUCAUCACUAUGCACGUGUCAGGAUUAUCUGGCGGCUGGUUUAUUCCACAAGACUCGGUCGGAAAAAUUAGCCGAUUCGUUCAUCAAACAAGUUUCGGCAGGAUACAUCAAAUGAUUAGUUAGUUCCCUGUGCAACAGAGUAAACUGGACAAUUAGUAGGCGGGUGAUUAGCUAUCCUUGCCCCCAGAGUCAGUGAAAUCAUGUUAUUAGCUACUACCUCGUGGCUAGCCAAGCAAAUUUUUCCAUGUUUUGACAUAAUAUAGUAAAACAAAAUUAACAAUAUUUGUCAGUAAUAACAUUUUUUUAUGUAUAACGAAUUAUAUAUAACAAAACGUGCACUGGGUAUUAUUGUAAUUACACAUGAAAAAGUUGUGUUCAUCGUCAUGGGAGAAGAAUGGCACCUUAAGUGAUUGUAAAUAUCAUCUUAUCUAUGCAAGUCCAAGAGCAGUAAUUUUCACCCGAGCCUAUCGCGGCCUCCGCAGACACUGCACCACCAAUAAACUGCCUGACCCACACGUAAUAUACCCAAGCCGUGCUCACCACCGGUACCACCCAUACGGUGCCACGCAUAACCACUGACGUCAUCUUCCUUAUGAUCCUGACUCCCGGUUGCAGUUCACAGCGUAGUCUCAAGUAGUAUUUUAUUAUCAAGAUUAUAUAAAUUAUAUAUAUAUGAUAGGAUUUAAUAUAUAUCAUUAAAAUUAUGCUGGUACAGUUAAUUAAUUUUACAUCGUAUAUGACGGGAUGUAUUACAUGUUAAAUAUUGAAUUGUUACAUGAAAUCGCGUGACAAAUAAAUUACAUAUAUGUGCAUAGCGGAA